AUGGAUCGCAUUCACCGUUUAUUUGGAUCAACUGGCGCCGGAAUGGGACAGCCUGCCACAGAUUCACCCACCGUCGAUAAUGCUGAGAUGGUGUACAUCUCUUCGCUUGCACUAUUGAAGAUGCUUAAGCAUGGUCGUGCUGGUGUUCCUAUGGAGGUUAUGGGUUUGAUGCUUGGAGAGUUUGUUGAUGAUUACACUGUACGCGUCAUCGAUGUUUUUGCUAUGCCUCAAAGUGGAACUGGUGUCUCUGUUGAGGCCGUUGACCCAGUAUUCCAGACAAAAAUGUUGGAUAUGUUGAAGCAGACCGGAAGACCCGAGAUGGUUGUUGGCUGGUAUCAUUCCCAUCCUGGUUUUGGAUGUUGGUUGUCGAGUGUAGAUAUCAACACACAACAGAGUUUCGAGCAAUUGAACCCUCGUGCCGUCGCUGUUGUCGUUGAUCCAAUUCAGUCCGUUAAGGGCAAGGUUGUCAUUGACGCUUUCCGCCUUAUCAACCCUCAGACAGUUAUGCUUGGCCAAGAACCUCGUCAGACUACUUCAAACAUUGGUCAUCUCAACAAACCUUCUAUUCAAGCAUUGAUCCAUGGGUUGAACAGACAUUAUUAUUCUAUUGCCAUUAACUAUAGAAAGAAUGAGCUUGAAGAGAAGAUGUUGCUGAACUUGCACAAGAAGAACUGGACUCAUGGUCUUACUUUGGAAAACUUUACUGAGCAUACUGAAGUUAAUGAGAAGAGUGUCAAGAGAAUGUUGAGUUUGGCUGAAUCAUACAAUAAGUCUGUUCAGGAAGAGCUUACAAUGACACCUGAACAGCUGAAGACACGGCAUGUCGGAAAGCAGGAUCCUAAACGCCACUUGGAAGAAACUGUUGAGAGUGUGAUGGGUAACAACAUUGUCAUGGCAUUAGGAACAAUGAUUGAUAGUGUCAGUUUCUAA